UAUGACUGAUUAGUUUAUAGUUUAAUGAACUUACACUGUCAGUUGGUUUUACAGUUUCCACUCUGGACCCUUGAGGGUUGAAUGCAGGACUUCCACAGUGUGUAAUUAAAUUAAAUUAUUACUUUUACUUCACUAAAGCAGCUGAAUCCUUGCACCAUAACCCAACCAGCACUAGGACCCGGAGCAGAGCCGCUGUGGCUCCGUGCAGUGGAUAAAGCGGCGGUGUGUCGACCGGAGCAGUUCGGGGUCAUGAGGAGACCUGGACGGACCGGACCCAGCUGAACGCCCCGUCCUCAGUCUGCAGGGGCUCCACAGGAAACUCUUGAAUCUAAAAACCCGCGCUGAGGGUUUGUGUGAAGAGAGCACGAGGCUGAUCAGCAGCUGCACGUCGCAGUUGCCUGAACAUCGGAGUAAGGAAGCCCGCGAGGGUCAGAUCUUCCAGGAUGCUGCAGCUGUGUAAAGUCACCAAGGCUCUGUUCAUCAGCAACGCCCGUUCGGCCUGCAGCGAGGAGCUCAUCCAGCAGGAGGCGGUGACGCUCUGCAUCAACGUGUCCAAGCAGCAGCCGUUCCCCACCGCCGGCAUCAAGAAGCUGCAGAUCCCCGUCUACGAUGACCCCAACGAGGACCUUUACAGCCACUUCGACCGCUGCGCCGACGCCAUCCAGAAGGAGGCGAACCGCGGAGGACGCAGCGUCGUCUACUGCAAGAACGGACGCAGCCGCUCAGCCACCGUCUGCAUCGCCUACCUGAUGAAACACCGCAAACUGACGCUGACGGACGCUAUACAGAAAGUGAAGACAGCUCGUCAUGUGAUCGAUCCGAACCCAGGCUUCCUGUCCCAGCUGCAGAGGUACGAACAGGAGCUGAAGAAGAGACGAGGAGAGACAGACUGACAGGCAGGCAGGCAGACAGACAGCUGGACAUCCGUCUGAUUGUCCUCAACCACAGGUGAACGGCGUCCUCUCUGUCCACCUUCACACUCUGUAACUGAACUCCUGUCAGUUUUGAUCUAAACUGUUGUAUUAUAUGUGAUAUUGAAUAUUCUAAUAUUUAACUGUCUUCAUGGACUUUAACUCCAGGUUGAACAGGAAACCCCGGCAGACAGGAAGGUCUAAGGGCUUCAUUUCACUUCUUUUAGUGUCCAAAAUUAAACAUUAAAUAAAAGAUAACUUUAAUGACCCUCAAAGGGACAAAAUGUAACAGCAGCCACUACACAUAAAAAAACUACAAAGAGGUAACAGUGAAAUAUAGCAAUAGAAAAAGAAUAAAGUAAGAAUAUAGCUACAGUGCUGCUAUAAUGUUAACUGUGUACAAUGUGCAUUAAUGCAAAAAUAUACCUUAUUUUAUUUGUACAGCACUUACAACAUAGUUAAAGUACUAAAAAACAGUGUAAAUAAAUAAAAAGCAGAUACUUAAAAAUACUAUAUUAAUAUAUUCUCAGAGAUUUAAAAUGUUUUUAAAUUAUGUUUUAAAGAAAAUAAUAAACGGUGUAUUUUACAGUUUAGGUGCUGUGACAGUAAAUGUCAGUAAAAAUAUGUAGACUUCAAAACUGUGACCAGAGCUUUUUCUCUUUUAGACAAUACAGCUCAUUUAAAGGCCCCAUAGGGAACUUUCACUGUGUAGACUCUGGCGGCCCCCUGUGGACAACAGCAGUAGUGUUUCCUCCGCCUCAUUUCAUUGAUAUCGACGGGAAUCCGACCCAGUGGCAGGCAGUAAGAAUAACUAUAUAGAAAUAUAUCUCUGACUGUAUUAUGUUCCUCUCUAAGUAAACAAUUUAAUUUAGUUUUCUUCUCAGAAUUAGAUGAAAUGCUGAGAUAUCGGCCUACUGUGUAUAUUGUUUUAAAAUCAAGAAGGCCUUGUCACCCCCCUGUGAAGCUUUGGUGACCCCAAAGUUGGGAAGCACUGUUUUAAAAACACAUAGUAAGAAUUUACUUGAGUUCAGUUUUGUGUUUCAGGGGCAAAUUGUGCUCCUUUUUAAAACAUUGGGGCUGCAGUUCCUCCUUCUACCUCUAGAUGGAAGCAUUUCCAUAGAAAAUAAUGUUAAACACAAAGAGUCAGCGUCUCUCUGUAGGUAUGAUCUGGAGGAUUAAUCUGAUCCCUUAAAGUAACAUAAACACAUAAACUCUUCACUUUUAUCCCCUGAACCUGACGACCAAACCUCACCUGUAUUCUGACACGCAGACAGGAAGUAAUCCGAGGAGAAACACAGGUAAUGUUACACUGCAGGUUUCUACUUUCAGUCUGUGUAUGAAGAGUUUUUGCCCCAGAAAAGGAGAAACUCAUAAGUGGUCAUCAUGACAGUGUUAACGUUAGCUCUCUGGCUCGUAGCAUAACGUUAGUUUUCUAGCUCGUAGCGUAAUGUUAGCUUUCUGGUGCGUAGCUGAGGUAAAGGACUAGAAGAACUAUAUAAACUAGAAAUAACCGUUGCUAAGUCGUAUUUAAGGUUUGUCUAUUUAAAAACGUAUGUGAUGGUAGCGAUCAAGGAAACAAAUCAGGAUACGUGCUUUAAUAAUGCUGCAGUUUAAACUGCAUUUGAAUAGUUUUUGUCUAUGUCUUUGUUUUAUUAUGGAAAGCACAAACGGUUACAUCCUAGUUAUUUGCUGGAUUAAUAUAAAUGUUUAGAAAUGCAGGAAACGGCAUUAAUAUACUUCCUCACUUCUGAUCCCAAACCUGAGCAGAUCUCAUCUGCCACAAUAACACCAGAGUUGAUGAACAGGAUAUUUAGCUCUGAAAUAACAAUGAAAAGUACCGUCACUGUAUUUAACACUUUGUGCUGUCCAGGUUUGGAUCCUUUAAGCCUUCAGUUUACUUUAAAAGACCUGAAACAUCUGCCUUUAACAGGUUUUCAGUUAGGAGUUCCAGUUUUUUUUAUUAGUUGUACAGUGUCUAGUUACUUUUUGAUUCAAUAUAUGACAAAUAAAAAAACAAGCCAUCCGAUGUCUUAAACUAGACUUAGACUUGAGCUCAGGUUUAAAACAGUAAGAAACGCAUUAUUCUAAUAUGUAGUGAACAUCUGUCAGUGAGAUUUGAUGAGCAGCAACAUGUUAUCACUGUAAGAUAUCAGGAAGAUUUUAAGUUCCUGAUCAUAAAAAUACAUGUUGCAGGAUCACAAAGCUGCUGCUGUUUAAUUAUUAAUUAUUGAUACUGUGAAAAACGCUGAUUCAGUUGGAACAGAUAAUAUUUAUCUUUCCACCGGAUGCAGGAACACAAUCUGGUGUGCAUGUUUGUGAAUCUCAGGUGUGUCUUCUUCAUUUUGUGGUGCUGCCAUUUAGACCUGAAUUAAAAGCAAUAAUUUAAACUAGAUGCCAUUAUAAACCACGUAAGACCUCAGUGUAAGUGUCUCAAUGAGUCUGUGACGAUGUAAUGUAUACCUGCUGUGUGAAAAGAGCUCAAACAAAGGCCUGUAGCACAUACGAACACAUAAGGCCUGAACAUGAAGCUGCGUCCCUUUAAGCCUCUGCUGUACUAUAACGUCUGUUAAAUAAAGUUAUGUGUUCAUCAUUCA